AGCUGAUGUUCCACUAGCCUUUACUCAUUAAGGGUGCAAUGGGUCUUCUUAUAGGCUUCAGUAGACAUACUUAACCAGAUCCAAUAUAGUGAAUAGUUUAGUAAGACCUACCGGCACGUGACAGCGUUCCAAAACUUUUGUUUGAUAUCAUACCCAGCAUGUCUGUAGCGCCUAACGGACCAUCGGUGUUCAUGCUGGCUCCGAGUUUCAUACAUCCUAUACAUAGGUUCGUCCUAUACAAGGUAUGCAGUCUGGGCAUUCAAGCCUGUCGUCAACCUGGCUCGGCCAGAGGAUAUAUAAUACCGCCUCAGGGACCAGCCAACUCAUGUCUAUGAAAUCUAUAGAAUAGCCUUUCAAGUCAUUAUUAUCCGAAUCAAGCAUAUCGUAAGCCUUCGAUUGUUUCUGUCCACAAUGGCACCCUCAUUCGAACUACUCUUCAAACCGUUCAAAGAACGACCAGAAUGGCACUUCACCAAGGCUAUUCGUACUAGGAGCCUACAUUUCGUGGCAGCCAAAGACUACUUCCAAUUGAGUACCUGGCUUUGCAUUGGCGGCCUGCUUCAGACAGCUGCUGUCGCGUACUUCGGCUUUCGGGCAACCAUCCCAGUCAUAGUUCUCCUUGUCCUACGAACAAUCGAUCAUCUCUCCAUGGCCCUCGGCAUAACACAUAAUCGUUAUAUGGACGGAGCUAUCCGCAAGAAGUGGGGCGUCCAGCUUCCGCAUGCAGACGGCACCUUAAGCUCGAAGCCUGCCGAUGAAUCUGUUGUCGUCUUUUUCGUUGGUCAACAAGUAAACCAUCCCUUGGGGUUUAUGGCACCAGGCCUCACUGAAAACCGGUACUAUCAAAAUCAGAUCGCCAAGGCGCUGGACGACUACUAUGAUAAGAAAGGCUUGUUGGGUUGGUCGCAGUGGCAGGGUACUACCGAGCAUGCCAAUAACAUGAUAAUGUUCAUCAUGUAUUGGAAGAAUAUCGAGAGUCUUCACAACUAUGCUCAUGGGCCUGAACAUAUGGCGGGUCUGCGAUGGUGGUCGCAGGGUGCCGGCAAAAAGUAUCCGCAUCUGUCUGUCUUCCAUGAGACAUACAUAGCGCCCAAGGGGCACUUUGAGAACAUCUAUCUCAACUGUAAACCACUGGGCUUCGGCGCCACAACAGUUCCGAUCUCCAAACCUUCCGAGGAUGGCAAAGAGAACAAGUUGGAAUGGUUGAUGCCCAUAGUGGAUUCUAAGCGGGGACCGCUGCGCACUUUCGCACGACGAAUGCUGCGUGAUGAUUUGACGGCGCACGAGAAAGAAGACAACGAUAUAUGGGAUAAUACCGUGUAAGCUACCUUGUAAAUUAAGCCAAUCACACUGCAGACCAGCAGAAUGAAGAAAUUUGUAUAAAAUCACACAGCUCCCCUUUCGCAGUGGGUCGUAUGCCUAUGUAUUGAGUCAAUACCCCAGUAAGUAUGGUCUACCGGGAUAAGAAGUACGAGGAGAACCUCUAGGAUUAUUCACAAGCGAUUGAACCCGUUGA